AUGAAACUUUCCUUCUCUAAAAUUAAUUUGCUGGCAUUUGCUGUCUCGAUUAGCUUUUCUAGUGUGAAUUGUGGCUGUCCUGAUGGUUGGGGUACCAUUGACAACGUUAGCGGAUUUAAAAUCUUCACAUCAACCGACCCAAUAAACCUUUUCAUGGCACUUCCUAUAUGCAAAGCAAAUGGCGCUAAAAUUGCAUCAGUGAACAGUGCAGAUGAAAAUGAACUGAUUAAACAAAUGGUUAGUCAAGCCAAUGGAGAUGAUAGUACUCCAGUUUGGUUGGGAGUUUAUAUGAAAAAUAACGGUGACGGUAGCUUUGCAUGUAAAACUGCUGAUGGCGGAGAUUGUCCUUCUGACAUGCUGAAUUUAUACCAAAAUCAAGCAGACAAUUCAGAAACACCCAUAUAUGGUACACAAUUGAUAUCUGGUAAGUGGAAUGUUGUGGAUUGCGCAGAACGUGUGUAUUCUGUUGCUUGUAAAACUACUUGUGAUCAGUAA